UGUCAAACUGGGUUGUAUCAAGGGCUGCUCCCUGUGGGCCAGCCCUCUAUAAAUUGCUUAAUCCGAAUCUGCUGGUGCCAUUCCAUCUGUAAUCUGCCUUCAGGAUUUGUUCACACGGAACAACACAGUCUACAAUCAUGAGGAAUAUCGGGUUGAAUGUUCUGGUUUUAUCGUUUGCCUUUGUCGUUUCAGCUCAAGUACCAAAACAAUGUUCGGCACCACCGGAGUACCAACAUGCGAGACUAGUGAAGAAGUACAACGGUUUACAGAAGUUCCUGAACGGGGAGAAGGCGUACUAUGAUUGCGCAGAGGACUUCACUCCAUCCCGGGGGAGCAGAGCUGUGCAGUGUGUCGAUGAAAGAUGGACCAAACUGAAUUUAAAAUGCGAAAAGAAAUCAUGUGGCAAUGCCGGCGAUCUGCCUCAUGGAGAGUUCCAGUAUGAAGGGCACUCAUUCGUUGGGGAGAAAGCUUAUGCUGUAUGCAACAAGGGAUACACUCUGAAAGGACUUGACUACAUUGUCUGCAAGAAGUCAGGCUGGACCGGUGAAUUCCCGUCUUGCGAAGAGGGAGAGGCCACCUGCUCCCCCCCUGCAGUGGCCAACUCUGUGAGCAGUGCUGGAGCUGUUUCUGUGUACCAGAUGGGGAACACUGUGACCUUAACCUGCAGUCAGGGUUUCCAGCUGGAUGGAGCUCAGAGCAUCAGGUGUGGUGCUGGUGGCCUGUGGCAGCCUCCACCCCCUCAGUGCCUGCCUGCACCAAACACAACUCAGUCACCCAAUGAAGAGACAGGGGGAUGCGGUGUACCGGUAAACACUGACGACGCCAACCUUGCUGGCCGGUACAUCACAAAGACCGUGUUCGCUUCUGGUGACAAAGUCCAUUACGUGUGUGAUGUUGGAUACAUUCAGGCAGGUGGCAGCAAAUAUCGCAGCUGUAUCAAGGGAGUGUGGACACCACUGAAGCUAAAAUGUGAACGGAAGCACUGUGGCUCUGCAGGAGAGAUUAUGAAUGGACAGUUCACAUACACUGGAUUGAAGUUUGGAGACACUGCCUCAGCUGUCUGUGAUGAGGGGUAUUGUCUUGUAGGAAAGGCAACCAGAAACUGCAUGAGUAAAGGCUGGGACGGACGUGUCCCUGCCUGUGAAGCUGUGACGUGUGAGGAGCCUUCAACGGUGACCAACGCCGAGAUGAGAGGCCCUCACGAGCCACCGUACACAUACAGGACUGUGCUCAGCUACCAUUGUCGUGUGGGAACUCUCAUCGGACAAAGGAACAUUUGGUGCACCAAGGACGGGACGUGGAGUGCUUCUCCUCCUCAAUGCAGAGAAAUAACAUGUCCUCCUCCAAAUGUGAAUAACGCCUACUGGAUGAGAGCUCAGAACAAGCAGUAUCAAGAAAGAGACAUCAUCUCCAUUGAGUGUGAGCGGGGAUACGCGAUGACCGGCCCGAGCUCCGUUACCUGUGGUCAUGAUGGCCGUUGGUCCCCUGGCCUCCCUAAAUGCACACCACGUCGUUCCAAAUGGAGGAACUAAUAAGCUUGCUGAAAUGUAAACUUCAUUAUUUAAUCAACCUGGUUAAACAGCAGUCCAGAGGAUGGAAAUAAUGGUCGCUUAAGCUUUAAACUGUCUUCCUUCUAAAAUGUACCCUUUUAAUAAUGCACUACUGGUGAUAGAUUUUCUUACUUGCUCAUUAAACUUGUAUGAACUCGUUAUAAAGACAUUAAAAGUGUGAAAUGAA